AUGCCUUCCAAGGAUACCAAAUCCACCGAGGCUGCUAACAGUGGCGGCCCUGCCGUACUAGCCUUCACUCCCGCCGAGACCUGCAUGGUCAUGGCUAUCUUCAAGAACUCGACCGCCAGCGGCAAGCCCACCCCCAACUGGAAUGCCGUCGCCGAGGAUAUGUCAUCCACCAGCGUCGAGUCGAUGAAAGUCCGCUUCGGUCAGAUCUCGAGGAAGUACGGCUGGUUCACUGGCGUUGCCUCACCCAGCAUUCCCGCUGUCUCUCGACCCAAGAAGACGCCCGUGAGCAAGAAGCGAGCUCGCACUGCUGAGUAUGGAGACGAUGCUAUCGAAGACACUCCGACCAGCAAGAAGAAGAGAACCACCGGGCCCGAGAAGGCCACCAAGAAGGAAGCUACGAUCGACGUGGCUGUCAAGGACGAGGUUGAGGAUGUCUUCGGCAACUUUAAUGACCAUAUCGACCGCACCAUGACUGAUGGCGUGGCUUAG